AUGGGAGCUGCCCUGUGCAACCUGGUGCCUCUCAAGCCGUACAGCCUCAUUGAGUGGAGGUAUGACAUCAGCUACAUUGCCCGUGGCAAGGAUGACUGCGUUGGCUCCGGAGCGUUUGGCCAAGUUCGCCCGUGUGUGGAGCUGAGUACACGAGCCGAUCGAUGCGUGAAGAGUAUCGUGAAAGAGACGUGGUGGACACGGCCUGCUGUUGUACAGGAAAUCGAGCUGCUUGAGAUGGUCUCCGGGAAGCACCCGAACAUCGUCGAGUAUUACGAGUGCUUCGAGGAGAUCAGCGUCAUCCACUUGGUUCUCGAGUAUUGCUCCAAAGGCAAUCUCAGCAACGUCAUCCUGUCCAAGAGGUUCAAAGAAGGUGGCGAGACAUUGACAGCCAAGAUCUCUUACCAGAUUGCAGGGGCUUUGCAGUUCUUGAGGGACCUGCAAAUUGUCCAUCGAGAUAUAAAGCCCUCGAAUCUGGUGUUCGCAGAGGACGAGGUUGUAAAGCUCACCGACUUCGGCUGCGCUUGCUUGGCGGAUGAUGCUGUACAGGACCUCACUGACAUCAAGGGCACUCCCAUCUUCUUUUCCCCCGAGAUACACCAGCUGCCACGAGGUCGGGGCUAUUCUUUCCCUGCCGACAUGUGGGCGUUCGGAAUCUGCAUCUAUAUGAUGUUGUGCAAAGGUUCUCAUCCUUUCAUGAAAGAAGGCAGCACCUUGAGAACUCGUGAUCACCACACCGGUGUAUUUGAUGUCGACUGGUUCACGAGUUGGUCCGCGAGAGACGCGCUGCAGUGGACAUUGAUGCCUCAUCCUGGCCAGCGUAUCCAGCCAAACGAGUUGAUGGAGCACAAGUGGUGCUACUCACACGGCCUCGGUGGAGGAACGUUUUCAAGAUCGAUCCGUCACAAGAACGUGUUGGACAGCCACGGAAACUGGGUGUCCAUUCCGAAUUGA